CGCAAAGCAGUGCAAAGCACAAUGCACAUCGAUGCAGAGCACUGCGACUGCAGCUCACAUGCAGCGCAAAAGCCGGGCAGCGCGGUGCUCUUUGCGAUGGCACGCCGUGCGGCGAUUGCAGAGCGGCGCGGUUGCAGCGCGGCGCGGCUGCAGAGCAGCGCAGGCGCGGCUGCCGUGCGGAGCGACUGCAGCACCGUGCGCCCGCACCACGACGGCGUGGAGCUGGCUGUGCAGCGGGGCGGCGCUCGACGACCGGGCGCGGGGCCGCCGGGCCCGCCGACGGGCUGGGAUGGGCAAGCAGAAGUACACGGGCAACCUGUCGGAGGUGACGCCGCGGAUCCUGAAGCUAAGCAAGUACUCCGUGGAAGUGCGGGAGCAAGGGGUUGAUUGGGACUACGAUGGGCAGGAGAUCCUAGAGCGGGCAAAGUCGCACCUGAGGGACGGGAGGAUCACAGUGGGCAUCAACGAGCACUUCGAGUGCUCCCUCCGCCUCUUCUCGAAGGCUCUUGGCUGGGAUGCGGAGCGGGCGCUUGCGAUGUCCAGGGAAUUGGGCAUGAAACGCCACCAGGACAAGGACCGCGUGCCCCUCGAGCUCCUCGACGGCCACGCCGUCGCGUCGCCCACCCGCGGGGAGCGGCGGUGGGCGGACGUCAUCGACGGGUGGCUCCGGGCCGAGAUCGAGCGCCUGCAGGUGGCAGACAGAGAACUCUACCAGCUCGGCAAGGAGGUUUUCCAGUCGCAGGCCCAGAAGUUCGGAUUAGAGUGCCCGUCGCCAGAAGGCGCCGGCGCUUCCUAG